AUGAAAAUAAAAAAUUUUAAAAUUCCAAUUUGGAGUAUUAAUAAAAAGAGAAUUUCCUUUUUGAAAGAAUUUCAUUUUAAAUUUAAGAAAUAUGAGAAUGAUAGAAAUGAAAAACAUUUAUAUUGGCCAAAUAAGAAGAGUAUCUUUUUUUUAAAUAAAAAUGAAUUAAAAAACGUAGAUAAAAAAAAUGUUAACAAAAUAAAUACAUUUAAAAAAGAAUAUAAAAUAUACAUAGCAUAUUAUGGUGUAUUAAUAACUUGUUUUGUUGCUUUUUCCUUUUGUAUAAUUAAAUUAUUAUUUAUGAUAUUUGAAGAACCAUUACCAUUGAAAUUAGUAAAAGAGCAAGUUUUAAAAGAUAAAAAAUUAAUAGAUGAAUAUGAAGGAGUAAUUUUUUCUAAAUUUUGGACAGGUUAUUUAAAUGAAAAUGAUGCUAAAAUAAUGAUAAAUAUAAAAAGUAAAAAAUAUAAUAAGAAAGGAAAAAUUAUUAGCAAUUUAAGUAAAAUAAAUGAUAAAUGGAUUAUAAAAACAUUGACAUAUUAUAAUGUAAAAAAAAAUGAUAAUUUAAAAACAGAUGAUUUAAAAAGUUUACAAAACAAAAGUAAUUCUUGCCCAAUUAAUAACAAUAUGUUUUGUUUAAAAAAUGAAAAAAUUAAAGAAUAA